AUGGCAAGGUUGAAAUAUGCUCGACUGAAAGGAGAGGAAAGAAGGAGUCUUCGCGCUUUUGGUAUCAUAGGGAGACCACGGUCUCGUAAGGACCCCCAUUCUGGUCAAAUGGAAUGCUCCACCUUCUGGAUGGAUGAAAGUGAAUACGGAUGGUAUGGCUUCGGGCUCUCCGGCGCUUUCCCACUGCCUCAGACGGCCCAACAUAAGGUAUUCCAAAAGGAACUUAAGAGGAAAGAAUAUGCCAAGAAAAAAUCCGAUGCCGACAUUCUUGCAAAAGAGCAAGAAGCAGAACUAGACGUUGUCAUGAUUCCAUUGUUAAAAAGAAAAUCUUCAGAUGAUGGGAAGAAGGGCGACAUAAACUCGUUAAAGACACGGUUGAUCACUCAUAGAGCACAGAAUCCGGAUCGGGGGAGAGAGUCCUUUAAGUAA